ACCACGAUGAGUUUUUGAUGUUAUUUAAGAAAUAAUUGUCCUUGUGUGUAAAAUGGCGGUGUCCUUUCUUGGGAGAAGAAUUGCUCUAACGCGACGGAAUUUUUUGAAAAUUCCGAAGCGACACGGCUAUAUAGUUUUACUUCCAGAAAUAGGCGAAGAAUCGUCAGAGAAAAAUCCUUUAUUAAAAGAUGACAAUUUGCCAGAGUUUAACACAUUUACAAUUGAAAAAUGUAUAGCGGCUAUUGGAAAGCAAACUGUAGAUUUUGAAGAAAAGAUGAAAACUCUGGAAAAAACUGUAGAUUCAACAAAAGAUCUAGAUAUAUUUAAUGAUUGGUUGCAUCCAAUCGAGGAUGCAUAUCUUCCCCUAGAGACCACUUGGGGAAUAGCAAAGACUUUGUAUUUUGGUAAUCAGAGUCUAAUGCCUACAAAAUGCUACAUGGGUAUCCACGAACGUGCCAUAAGAGCCAUCGCUACUAAAUUUGGUAGUGCAUCGCUCUUUAAAGCAUGCAAGGAGGCGCUGGACAAUAAGGACAUUAAAUUGACACAUUCGCAAAAGAGAGUGCUUACCAAGUAUGUGCUGGAGGGAACAUUAAAUGGCCUGCAGUUGCAGGGUAAAACAUUCGAAAAAUAUUUGGACGACUUGAGCUAUGUUUCAUCGAAAGUCAAGGAAUACAAGGCGAAAUACGAGAGUGCUACAGCUGCAUAUAGUAUGAUAAUACAUAACAAACACAUUGUAGAAGAUUUUCCGGAAGAUUAUCUCAAAUCCAUCGCAAUCGAUUCUAAACAACCUUAUCUGGGCCCUUGGAUGAUCACUUUAAAACCGUACAUUUUACAGCCAUUUAUGGAGUAUUGUCCUGACCGUGAACUGAGAGCAACGAUUUGGGAUGCUGAUGUUAUCCGGUGCUCUAAUUAUCAGGAAAGAUCCGUUCAAUCCAGCGUGACGUUGGAGGAACUUCGAGGAAGGAGAAUUGAGCAGGCAAAACGCUUAGGAUUCAAGAGUUAUGCGGAUAUGAGUAUGCAGACAAAAAUGGCUGGCACUCUAGAGAAUCUGCACAACACGCUAGAAAUUCUUCGGAGUACUGCUUUCCCAGUUCAAGAACAGGAAAUUGCAAGUUUAACUGAGUUUGCAAAAGAGAGAGACUUCAAUGAUAUUAUAAGGGUAUGGGAUGUUGCAUUUUGGGGUAGAAAACAACGUCGUAGUAUGUUUAACUACGAUGAUAACAAAUGGAGAGAAUAUUUUCCGCUACCGACCGUUCUGUCGGGUCUUUUCGAGCACAUCGAGUCACUUUUCAACGUAAAAAUCGUUGAAAACAAGAAAGCAGAUAUCUGGCAUAAGGAUGUUCGGUUUUUCGACAUAUUCGACUUGAACGAAUCCAGUGCAGCACCUAUCGCAAACUUUUACUUGGAUCCUUAUGCUAGAGGCAGAGAAAAAUUCCGCAAAGAGCAAGACUCGGGAUGGGUAUCCACGAUCAAAAGCAAAAGCAAAAUCGGCAAUAGCACUCCGUUGAUCGCCCUGAUAUUUAAUUUUCCGCCACCAGUAGGCGAUAAACCCUCACUGCUCUCCUUCAGAGAUCUGCAGGUUCUCUUCCAGAAGUUUGGACAUGGUUUGCAACAUUUGCUAACUACGGUUGAGUACUCUGAUAUUGCCGGAUUAUCAUUUGUGGAAUGGGACGCCGUAUUCAUUUGCGAUUUCUUCAUGGAAAACUGGCUGUACGAACCAUUCAUGUUGCAAAAAAUCUCCGGACAUUAUGAAACAAAAGAGCCAUUACCUGCAGAAGUUAUUGAAAGUAUUAAAACAAUGAGAUCGCACUUGGCUGGCUACAAACUUUGUAAAGAACUUUACUUGUCACAUUUGGAUCUGGAUUUGCAUUCCAGUGAAACAUUUUGGGUGCAAAUGAUGAAACGCCUGUGGCCGAAAUAUUUUGCAUUGCCUCUCGAAAAAAGGAACGUUCACGUUUGCAAUUUUGAAGCUAUAUGGAGUGGCAAUUGGGCAGCCGCAUAUUUUAGCAAAGUUUGGUCCGAGAUGAUAGCUGCCGAUUUGUAUACGGCUUUUCAAGAAGUCAAAUCUGACGAGUCACAGCAGAAGGAGUUAGGUGCUAGGUUUCGCAAUACAUUUUUAUCCUUAGGUGGCAGUUAUCCUGCCGCCGAGGUGUUCAGGAAGUUCAGGGGAAGGGAUCCGAGUCCGCAGGCAUUAUUGGACAAUCUCGGGUUAACACGAGCAGUGAAGGAAACUAAGUGAUGCGAUUAUAUGAUAAGAUAGAGUACUACUAUUUAAGAGUACGCAGACAUAACGAUAUAUAAUGAAUCCUGUAUAACAGGUGCUGUUAUCUAGAUCUAUAAGAAUAGAUCCAGAAAUUAAUUGAAUUGUAAAGUGAUUAAAUUACGCAAUAAAUUAUUAUUUGUAAAAUAUUGUGCUAAAAAGCUGCAAAGUUUGUUUAAAGUGAUAUACGAAAGUUAAAUAAUUUGAAUAAAAAGAAAUAUUUAGUGUAUUAUAAA